UUUGAUAUCAAAGAGAGAUCAUCAUAAAAACAAUAUUUUGGAGAAAAAAAAAAAUAAAAAUAAUAGAAAAAAAAUUUAAUUUUUUUUCAAAAUUUGGAAAUUUGAAAUAUAACAAAAAUUUUAAUUCUUAUAUAAUCUUUUCGAACACAAAAAUUUAAAAUAAAAAAAAUGAAAUACAGCAAAGUAAGUCAAAUUAUUUUGAGUAUAACACUCAUAUUUUUGAUGACAUUACAAGUUAAUUCACAAAUGUUAGCAGAAAAUGAACAGGAUACAUUAACACUUGGAUCAAAUUUGAAUGAAUUAAUUGAAGAAAUGAAAAAUUCAUAUCAAGAUGAUAAAAUCCCCUAUUAUAAAUUGAAAUUGUGGUUAAAACAAAUGAAAUCUGCUAACGGAAAUAAUUUUGAUGCCAAUCUUCGUAAUCCAGAAAUCAAAAGACAACAAAGAUAUAGACAAUGUUACUUUAAUCCCAUUUCAUGUUUCAGAAAAUAAGUAAAUCAAAAUUAAUAUAUUUAUAAUGUAAAUUACAACUUCCAUUUACAAGUUCUUGAUGGCAUCUCAAUUCUCCUGUGACACGAAGUUUGGAUAACUAAUUAUAAAAAAUUUUUUUUUUUUAUUUUUAAAUUUUUAAUCAUGUAUAUUUAAUAAAUAUAUUAAUUAUUAAUACGUAUAGUAUAUAAUUAUCAUUAAUAUUAUGUAAAAAACAAAAAAAAAUAAUAAUAAAGUUGAAAAGUAAUAUGCUCCUAUAUAUGC